GUCCAGGGAGAACGACAGAGACAAAGUCGCCGACACCGACGGAGGGAAGAAGCCGCCGCGCCGCUUAGAUCGCAGUCUCCCUCGCCCAAUAUACACAACGCCUUCGAUAUGAGCGACAAUAAAGAAUACAAGCUGGUGGUACUUGGUAGUGGUGGUGUGGGUAAAUCUGCGCUGACCAUCCGCCUCGUGACCGACAACUUCCUGGAGGACUAUGACCCCACUAUUGAGGACAGCUACCGGAAGCAGACGACUAUCGAUAACAGUCCAGCGCUGCUGGAUAUUCUGGAUACGGCCGGCCAGGAGGAGUACACAUCCAUGCAGGACCAGUGGAUGCGUGAGGGCAAAGGCUUCUUGCUGGUGUACAGCGUGACCAGUCGUAGCUCUUUCGACGACAUUUCCGCCUUCAAAGACAAGAUCUUGCGUGCCAAGGACGUGGAUAACGUGCCAAUUGUGCUGGUCGGUAACAAGUGCGACCUGGAGCCUCAGCGACAGGUGGCCGCUAAUGAGGGCAAAGAGCUUGCCCGUCAGUGGGGCUGCUCCUUUAUGGAGACCAGUGCCAAAGAGAGAAUAUUGAAUGAGGAGUGCUUCUAUCAGGUGGUGCGUGAGAUCAGGAAAUCUGAGCGUCCUGUGCGUGUGGAGCGACCGCAACCCACGCAGAAGCCACAGAAGAAGUCCGGGUUCAAGUGCACCAUCCUAUAGAAGCGCGCGAGCCUUUCGCACGUUGCGUCGCGUCGUACGAGGCCUCCAGCUUCUAUCGUCUCGUCACGACGUUCUGCUGCUUACAUAACAUCAGUCAGUUUAGCCCACUUCAGAAUCCAAUAAGCCACUCACC